AUGAGCUACAAUGGACGUAAGAACCCCCCAAGACGCAGAAAUUACCCAAAGGGACCGCUCACAGUGAACUCCAUGGAGCGACAUGACAGCAAAUAUGGCCAUAUGGUAGUACUCAAGGUGCGAACACCCGUAUUUUCAUACAUUUCCUACACUUCUAGGUUUGGAGGCUUCAAGGUCCCAAAACCACCAAAUCAACCAACCAACCAAGAUCUUAUCAAUAUCAUCAUGAUCAAAAUCUACGAAAUUAACAGCCAGCAAUCUCUACUGCGGAAGCUCAGGUUUUGA